UGUCUCGCGCUAGUGUGUUAGUGUGAUUGUUUUAUUUCUUUCAUAUUUUUGUAAUUUGUUUUAAAAUUUAAUAAUUAUUAUUGCAAAUUUUUUAGUGUCUAUUUUAAAUUAUUUUCUGUUAAGUUUAUAGUGAAGUUGUUUAGAUCUGUGUUAAAGUUAAUUGAAAAUUCCUCAGCUGUGUAUCUCUAACAUGAAUAUUCACAUCAUUUAAUGAUUAUAAUGAAUCAUUUUUGGUUCAGCAAAUACGUUUCAAAAACUUAAGCUAAAUGCAACGGAAAAAAAUAAAACAAACUGUAUGAUAAUUUACACACUAUGUCUUGUGUGCGGGAAUCAUCACCACAGUCAGAACAUGUGGUCAGUCAGAGAUCAGAACCAAAAGUACGUCGGUUUAAUCCACUCAGAAGGCUUCGUCAAAUAUUCAAACGUAAAGCUCAUAGCCCUGAGCCCAACGAAGUUAAAUCAUGUGACAAUAUUGUAGAACCACCUAGUUUGGAUACGUCUAGAAGUCGUUCGACUAGUCAGCUGAUUGACGAGCCAUUUACUAGGAGGCGAAGCUUACACUCCACUAUACUAAGUGUUAGCCAUGACAGUGUAUUUAAUCCUGAACAACAUUCUGGUCAAUCUGACUCUGAAUCUGCUGUAUCCGUACCACGGUUAGGUUUUCCUCAAGCCAAUAUACAGGCUGAAUUACUAGAAGCGGUAAGAAGGCGAAGAAAAAUUCAAGAUGACGAUGAUAGUUUUGACAAUGAAGAUUUAGGACUCCCACGAAGUCCAUCAAUGCAUUCUCCUACUAUUGCCACUGGCAAUGAUCUCCGAUUGAGCAAAGAGCUGAUAACUAAAUCUUCACAUAGUACAUGCAGUGAUGGAUCACUCCUUAGUAUGGGAAGUUCCGAAAUGGAUGAAGAUUCUUUCGGAGCUCACAAUUCUCGACAUUCGUCAAAAAUAUCGUUACAUGACAAGCGCACAUCUCAAACUCACCUGGAUAAUUCAGACGGUGACAAUUCGACAAGUGUUCCUCUUAGUCACGAUGUAGCUAAACACCGAAUGGCUAUUAGGCCCAAAAGAAAGCACGGUAACCCUCGCAGCAAAAAACCGCUGACUGUGACAAAUGCUCUUCCCGCGACGCCCGAAGUGAACGAAGAGCACUCAGCCCGAUCAACUUCGCCCGAAACCAAGCCUCAGACUGCAGACACAGCAGAUGGCACCACCACCAUCAGCACCGUCACUUCGAACACUAAAUCCACUACUACUACCACCACCACCACCACCACCACCACCACCACCACCACCUCUACUACCUCUACAACUACAAACGACACGGUCGUCACAACCGAGGUGCCCGUCAUUGUCACCGACACAGCUCGUAUCGUCACCGACUCGACGGUCGAGUCUUGUGACUUAGACACGUCCGUAGACGAGAUUUCCGUGGAGAACGUUCCGCGGCGCGAAGAAGGUUUUUUCCACCGCUUGCUGUCGCGCCGAAGCACCAAGAAAAAAGCUGCGGCAGCCGCCAAAUCCGCGUCCACCGAAGACGUAGAUGUGGACCGUUUCCUGUUCGACGAGACGAUGGGCGCGAAGCCGCGGCAACGCGAAGAACCGCCGCCGGCCGGACGCAUGCAACUAUCGUAUCCACCCGACAUGCCGCCUGACCACGGCCAUCAGCACCAUCACCACGUGCCGGUGCCAUCAGCGGUAGCUCGUGUCGAGGAAGUGUUCGAACCGGACACGUUUGCGCCGAUCAAACAGUCGUUCAGUCUCGGACAGCAGCAUUCGCACCAGAUGGCCACCACGGACGACGAAGCCACGUCCAGUGGCGACGGGUCGUCCGUCCAGAAAUCGUCGUCUUCGGACAGCGUGUCCAGCGCCGCCCUGGACGAGUCCGUCGACUCGGCGGCCGCGGUGUCGAUGACCACGACGGACGUGCGGCACCGGAGUUACAGUUCCAGUGACUCGGAACACCAACUCGGCGGCACCGACGCCGGUCACCAACACCUGCGCCCGGUGCCCGCACCGCGCCCAUCCAAACUGUACAACGGCGGGGGCGGUACCGCGGCCGACGUUGUGGUGCGGCGGAAGAAGCGCGACGACCAACAGCAACCCGAACUGCUCAAAGUGUUCGCCAGGCGGUCGCUGAAGUUGGGCAAAGACGGCGAACCGGAAUUCCUGUUGCUGGCGGCCGAGGUCGACCGCGGCGAUGACGGUGGUGACGGCAGCGACAAUAAGGCGGUGUCCUCGUCGAACGGCGAGUGGCCGGUGGAACAGCAGGUGUCGGUGGCGUCCGAUGACCGCGUGGUCGUGGUCGUGGUGGACAACGAUAACCGCCGCGCGGAGCACGUGCAGGUGGUGGACGUCAACGAAAACCAGACGGUCGCUGCGGCGUCGGCGGCAGUCGAAGUCGUGCCCAGGUUCAAGCGCAUUCAACAGCGCCGCGAAGAGUGGGAAAAGCGGCUGUUGCAGCAAUAGCGGAACUGAACGGAAAAACUAACUUGCGAGUCCUCUUCUUCCCCCCCCCCUCCUCCCCUCCACAUUUUUUCUCAUCCUUUCCAUUUCCGCCAUUUCCGUCUGUUAUCAUGAUGUAUUUCACGACCCCCGACUGAUUGGGUGGUUUACUGUUUCCGAGCAAUACGAUGAGUAUAAUCGCUUUUUCAUCAUUAUUAUUAUUAUUAUUAUUAUUAUUCCUUUUUUAUAUAGAACGGUGCUAGAUGAUGGUUGUUAACUUUUUACCCGAGUAGCCUUACGCGAGAGACUUUAAAAUUAAUGAUAGGUUGUGACUUUCGUUAUUUUCGUUACAAUAAACACGUACCUUGUUCGAAUACAAUAUAUAUUUUGAUAAAAAAAAAAACUUGAUAAUAAUAAUUUAACAGAUAUUACCA